AUGGCAAAAAUUGCCGAACUUCGUUGGUUACCAAAGUAUCGCAAAUUCAAACGUGUCUUUUUCGAUAUCAAUCCGCUUUGUGAUCGUGUCCAACGAGAUAUAAACCAAAUUGGUAAUGCAAAUCUAAGUGCAAUUAAUUUUCAUGAUGGUGAAACAACAUUAGAAUCAUUAGAAGAGGAAAAUUUAAACGAACUCAAUGCCAUGUUUAUGUAUUCAUAUUUGCUCAAAGAUAUCUUGAUCAAAAUGGACUUUGGAUCUUCAUCAACAACUGGAACAGAUUCACUCAUUGACAGCUACCGACACAGACAUUUUGAUUGUUUAUCGAGGUCAAAAGUAUCAAACAAGGAAUUCGCUAAAAUAAAAAGUAGCUCAGGUGGUCUAAUUUCAUUCAAUAGUUUCUUAUCCACGACAUCAGAUAGAUUACUGGCUCAAGGUUUUGCUGAGGGGCAAUUGGGCAAUCCGGAAACAAAAGCUAUUUUGUUUAAAAUGAACAUUUGUUCUGAAAUUCAAUCAAGUCCAUUUACAUCUCUCAAUGGUCUCAGCUAUAUGGAAGAAGAAAACGAGAUUCUCUUUUCAAUGCAUACUGUUUUUCGAAUUCAAAGUAUUCAACAACAAACAAAUCGAUCUGACAUAUGGGAAGUACAGUUUAAAUUAACAAGUACUAAAGUUGACCAGAAUCUUGCACUUCUUACCGAACACAUGCAAGAAGAACUUGAAGGAGGAACAAGUUUACAUAAACUCGGUCAGUUAACAGCAAGAAUGGGAGAGUACGAAAGAGCACAGGAAAUCUACGAAUUAUUAAUUUUAUCGUCACCCCUUUAA